GUCGGCUCUACUUCGUCUUUUACAUACGUUUAACCCCCCGUGACGAUCCUUCCAGCUCUGGAAAGGAAGAGAAAUGGAAGUGAAAAAAUUGAGCAUUUCCUGGCAGUUCUUGAUAGUUCUGGUUCUGAUCCUGCAAAUUCUGUCUGCGUUGGAUUUUGACCCAUACAGAGUCCUAGGGGUCAGCCGAACAGCCAGUCAGGCUGAUAUUAAAAAGGCUUAUAAGAAGCUCGCCCGGGAAUGGCAUCCCGACAAAAACAAAGACCCUGGAGCAGAAGACAAGUUCAUUCAGAUCAGCAAGGCUUAUGAGAUUCUUUCCAAUGAAGAAAAGCGAUCCCACUAUGACCACUACGGCGAUGCUGGGGAGAGCCAGGACUACCAGAAGCAGCAGCAGCGAGAAUAUCGCUUCCGCCAUUUCCAUGAGAAUUUUUAUUUUGAUGAAUCCUUCUUUCACUUUCCUUUCAAUUCUGAGCGGCGGGACUCCAUCGAUGAGAAGUAUUUAUUGCACUUUUCCCACUAUGUGAACGAAGUAGUUCCAGACAGCUUCAAGAAACCCUACCUCAUUAAGAUCACCUCAGAUUGGUGCUUCAGUUGUAUCCAUAUCGAGCCUGUUUGGAAAGAAGUAGUCCAAGAACUGGAAGGAUUGGGUGUGGGAAUCGGCGUGGUCCAUGCUGGGUACGAGAGACGCCUGGCCCAUCACCUGGGAGCACACAGCACACCCUCUAUCCUAGGAAUCAUAAAUGGGAAAAUCUCCUUCUUCCACAAUGCAGUUGUUCGUGAGAACCUCCGGCAGUUUGUAGAAAGCCUUCUUCCAGGGAACUUGGUGGAGAAGGUUACAAAUAAAAAUUACAUCCGAUUCCUCUCUGGCUGGCAGCAAGAGAAUAAACCUCACGUCCUUCUGUUCGACCAGGGGCCUACUGUGCCACUGCUGUACAAGUUGACCGCUUUUGCAUACAAAGAUUAUUUGUCAUUUGGAUAUGUAUAUGUCGGUUUGAGAGGGGUGGAGGAGAUGACCAGGCAGUACAACAUCAAUGUAUAUGCCCCCACCAUCUUGAUCUUUAAAGAGCACAUAAACAAGCCGGCUGACAUGAUCCAGGCUCGAGGUCUGAAGAAGCAGGUCAUUGAAGACUUUAUAACCCAAAACAAGUACCUAUUGGCAGCCAGGCUUACCAGCCAGAAGUUGUUCCAUGAGCUCUGCCCAGUGAAACGAUCUCACCGACAGAGGAAGUACUGUGUGGUCUUACUGACUGCCGAGGCUCCCAAGUUGAGCAGACCCUUCGAGGCCUUCCUGUCCUUUGCCCUGGCAAACACGCAGGACACCGUGCGGUUCGUCCACGUCCACAGUGGGCGGCAACAGGAGUUUGCCCGCACCCUGCUGCCGGACAGCGAGGUGUUUCAGGGGAAGUCAGCGGUGUCUAUUUUAGAAAGACGUAACACGGCAGGAAGGGUGGUGUAUAAAACCCUGGAAGAUCCCUGGACUGGGAGUGAGAGUGAUAAAUUUAUCCUUUUGGGUUACCUCGACCAACUGCGGAAAGAUCCAGCUCUUCUGUCCUCUGAGGCUGUGCUCCCCGACCUAAUGGACGAGCUUGCUCCCAUCUUUCUCCUCCGGUGGCUCUACUCUGCCUCUGACUACUUGGCCGACUGCUGGGACGGCAUAUUCCAUAGCAACUGGCGGGAGAUGAUGCCCCUCCUGUCCCUCAUCUUCUCUGCCCUCUUCAUCCUCUUCGGCACGGUCAUCGUCCAGGCCUUCAGUGACUCUAAUGACGAGCGAGAGUCCCACCCUCCAGACAAAGAGGAAGCCCCUGAGAAGGUCGGGAAGACUGAGCCGAGCUUCACCAAGGAGAACAGCAGCAAGAUUCCUAAGAAAGGCUUCGUGGAGGUAACAGAACUCACGGAUGUGACAUACACCAGCAACCUGGUGCGCCUUAGGCCAGGCCACAUGAACGUGGUCCUCAUCCUGUCCAAUUCCACCAAGAACAGCCUGCUGCAGAAGUUUGCCCUGGAGGUGUACUCGUUCACUGGCAGCAGCUGCCUGCACUUCUCCUUCCUGAGCCUGGACAAGCACAGAGAGUGGCUGGAAUACUUACUGGAAUUUGCUCAAGACGCAGCCCCGAUCCCAAACCAGUAUGACAAGCACUUCCUGGAGCGGGACUACACUGGCUACGUCCUGGCCCUGAACGGCCACAAGAAAUACUUCUGCCUCUUCAAACCCCAAAAAACAGUGGAAGAGGAGGAAGCCAUGGGGUCCUGCGGUGACCUCGACCCCUCCCUCCCCCUGGGCGAGUCUCGGGGGAGACCCUCCUGCGGCCUGGGACCCCGGCCCAUCAAGGGAAAGCUGAGCAAGUUGUCCCUGUGGAUGGAGCGCCUGUUGGAAGGGUCCCUGCAGAGGUUCUACAUCCCCUCCUGGCCCGAGCUAGACUGAGAGGCUUCAAAAAGAGAUGUGAACUCUCCAGCUUUUUAACAUGCCCCAGGAACAGGUAUUUUUCAGGACUCAGUCACCACGGACAAAGCAUAGAUUUUAGAUUCCUCUUUUAGAACAGUGGUGGGAAGAACCUCUCCAUCCGGCCCUCACUCCCGUCCUCACCUGGGAGGGAAACAUGCUACAGGUUCAAAUUCUCUAGAUCAAAAUAUUUCCCUUUGGGUUUUUUGACUUCAGUUGAAUGCCGCACUAUUUAAAUAGACUGCUCAUUCCCUCCUCUUUGCUGCCCCUGUCCCGGGCUCACACCACCUGCCCCUUCCUGGCCCUUCAUUGGAGAAACAGCGGCACCCAGACGGAACCUCAGGAGCCUGUCCCACAAGUCCAGUCACUUGCCCCUGCGCACCCUCAGGCCCACGCUGGCCCCUGCUGAGCUUCUGCCCAGGCGCAUGCUCCCCACCCUGACCACCACCUUGCCUUCUCGGCCUGCCCCUUGAACGAGGCCUGGUGCCAAGCAGUCUCAUGCACAGUGGUGGUUCUGGGAGUCAGUGGCAAGAAGUGCAUCUUGCGGGGGAUCCCCCACAGCAGUUUGCCAGCCACAGCUUUGAAAGGAAAGGGUCUAGUGGGGUCUCCGCAUAGGAGCCUGUUUCCUCCCCAGCCAGGGGAAGGGAGGUCUGGGCAGCGGCUGGAGGGAUCCUUUGUGAGCAUCACAUCACCCCUCCAUCCCGGGGAGGAGUCUGCCCAGCAAGAGCACUGUCAUGACUUUGAGCCGUUGACCUGUACGUUCUCAGAUGCCUUUCUGCCUGUCGAUUGUAGGGUGUGGAUAUUAGGAGCCAUAACUUGUGAUCUUGUUCUCUGAACGUAGAUAAGCUGCUAUAUAAAGCCAGUAGAUGUCAGACUGAAAACAGAUUAUUCCUGCCUGCCAGAGUCGGGGAGGAAGCUCUUCACUCCGGUGGCGUCUGUCUAGAAACACUCUAGACACAUCUUUGUAUCAAGGAACUUAAACCCUCAACAACUGUAUUUUGAACACUGUUACACAAAAAAUGCUUUGUCUUCAAGUCUUCUUUUGUGACAGGUGAGCUCAGACGGACUCUAGGCCCAUUUUGCAAGCAGCCUGCCUUCCGCCUCUGGCUGUGCUUUGGCACUGCGGCUUUGUCGCUGUUACCCUCUCCCUUGACGGUCAGCUCUGGGUUUGCUGCACACUCUACACGGGCUCUGGGCCCCUUGAGGGCAGGCCUUUGUUUUUAGGGCCAGACCAUCAGGAAUUUGGACAAUUUCCAAGAGUGGUCUGUCUGUCAAAGCAAAUGCCCUUUUGUAGAGUAAAGGGCAAAAAUCAGGGAUGGGUCAUUUACUAAGUUAGUAUUUCUUUAAUCAUAAUUGCUUUAAACCAAGCCACUUGGAUCCUGAAUAAUUUAAACCUUGAGCUACAGUGGUAAAUAAUAAAUCAUAUGAGCCCAGGAAUUCAUACAGCUUCAUGGAGUCAGUCUAGAGCUUUAUUUAAAUAUAAAUAAAUCACUGCCAGGGCUUCAUUCUUCCCACGAUCCUUUGGAAGUGGAUGCUCACUCUGGAAUCCCUGUCUUGUGGCACCCAGCCCCGAGAGCUCCUUAGCUCUUUGAUACACCAGUCCUUAAAAUUAAUUUCUGGAGUUUUGUUUGGAUACUAGGGACUGAACCCAGGGACACUUUACCACUGAGCCACAC